AAUAAAAAUGAAAUGUGUGACAGUUGAAAUAGACGAUGAUGAUACUUUACUGGAAAAUAGAGAUGGAUCGAUUAUACAGCGUACCUUUUGCUGCUUACAACACUAGUCGAACCAUAUUCAAAUGAUGCCCAAAUACAGAUUACUCAAAGGAAUGUUGAAAGCGAUGAGGAAGGUUCUUAAGUGGAUUCUCUAGAUGAAUAGAUUGGAUAGGCCAUACCAUCUCUUGUUAAUUCUAUUCUAGAGAUGAUGCUUAAAUAAUAACUUA